AUGAUGCCUGAUGACAAUUCAAACUCGUCCACUCAAAACUCAAGCGCAUUAUACAAGGACCUGAGGAAAGAAUAUGAAUCUCUUUUCACUUUAAAGGAAGAUUCUGGGUUAGAGAUUUCACCAAUAUUCAAUGUCCUUCCACCUAAAAAGGAUUAUCCUGACUACUACGCAGUGAUCAAGAACCCUGUAUCUUUCAAUACUUUAAAAAAGCGUAUUCCACAUUAUACAGAUGCUCAACAGUUUAUGAACGAUGUUGUCCAGAUUCCAUGGAAUGCCAAGACUUACAAUACAAGAGAUUCAGGAAUUUAUAAAUACGCCUUAGUCCUUGAGAAAUAUUUAAAGGACACAAUCUAUCCAAAUUUAAAAGAAAAAUAUCCUCAAUUAGUGUAUCCUGAUUUGGGUCCUCUACCCGAUGAACCAGGUUAUGAAGAGUUUCAACAGAAAUUAAGAGAAAAAGCUGAGGAAGUAGCGAGAGCUAAUGCAGCCAGAGCCGAGUCGAGCUCUUCAAUGAAUUCAACAGAAGCAGCCAGAAGAUUAAGAAAGACUCGUACUUCCGUCAAAAGAGAAUCAGAACCAGGAACCGAUACAAAUAAUGAUGAGGACUAUGAGGCGACGGAUAUGGAUAUCGAUAACCCUAAGGAUGCUGAUUUUCCUGAUUUGAUAAGAAAGCCACUAAUAAAUAUUAAUCCAUAUACUCGGAAACCAUUAAGAGACAACAGGUCCACUACUCCAUCUCACUCAGGCACCCCUCAGCCGUUAGGCCCAAGGCAUAGACAGGUAUCCAGAACUCAGGUAAAGCGUGGGAGACCCCCAAUCAUCGACUUACCGUAUAUUCAAAGAAUGAAAAAUGUUAUGAAAGUACUAAAAAAAGAGGUGCUAGAUAGUGGAAUUGGUCUAACUGAUCUUUUUGAAAGAUUGCCCGAUAGACACAGAGAUGCAAAUUACUACAUCAUGAUUGCUAAUCCAAUUAGUCUUCAAGACAUAAAUAAAAAGGUAAAGACUCGUCGUUAUAAAACGUUCCAGGAGUUCCAGAAUGAUUUUAAUCUUAUGUUAACCAACUUUAGAAUUUCGCACAGAGGUGAUCCUGAAAGCAUAAAAAUUUCAAAUAUCUUAGAAAAGACCUUUACUAGUCUGGCAAGAUUCGAACUAUCCAAACCUGAUAGAAGUUUCAUUCCAGAAGGCGAGCUAAGAUACCCUCUAGAUGAAGUCAUUGUAAAUAAUAUAUCAUACCACGUGGGAGAUUGGGCACUUCUUCGAAAUCAAAAUGAUCCUCAAAAACCUAUAGUGGGCCAAAUAUUCAGGCUAUGGAAGACACCAGAUGGGAAACAAUGGUUAAACGCUUGUUGGUAUUACAGACCCGAACAAACUGUGCAUAGAGUGGAUAGAUUGUUUUACAAAAACGAAGUUAUGAAAACAGGUCAGUACCGUGAUCAUUUAGUGUCAAACUUAGUUGGGAAAUGCUAUGUGAUUCACUUUACUAGAUAUCAACGUGGUAAUCCCGAUAUGAAAUUGGAGGGUCCCUUGUUCGUUUGCGAAUUCCGUUAUAAUGAAUCCGAUAAAAUUUUUAACAAGAUUAGAACCUGGAAGGCUUGCUUACCAGAGGAAAUUCGUGAUUUGGACGAAGCUACCAUUCCGGUAAAUGGUAGAAAGUUCUUCAAAUAUCCUUCCCCCAUAAGACAUCUACUACCAGCUAAUGCAACGCCGCAUGAUCGCGUUCCUGAACCAACGAUGGGAUCCCCGGACGCGCCACCAUUGGUCGGUGCCGUUUAUAUGAGACCUAAAAUGCAGCGUGACGAUUUGGGGGAAUAUGCAACCUCUGAUGACUGUCCCAGGUAUAUUAUCAGACCCAACGAUUCUCCCGAAGAGGGACAAGUGGAUAUAGAAACAGGUACGAUCACCACAAACACGCCAACAGCAAAUGCUCUUCCUAAAACAGGAUACUCAAGUAGUAAACUAUCCAGUUUAAGAUAUAACAGGUCAUCUAUGUCUUUAGAAAACCAAAAUGCUAUUGGCCAGCAACAAAUACCACUGUCAAGAGUUGGUUCCCCUGGCGCGGGAGGCCCGCUUACUGUACAAGGUUUAAAGCAACACCAAUUGCAAAGGUUACAACAGCAGCAACAUCAAUACCAACAACAGAAAAGAUCCCAAGCAUCACGUUAUAAUAUCCCAACAAUAAUCGAUGAUUUAACAUCGCAGGCAUCAAGAGGUAAUUUGGGUAAUAUAAUGAUCGAUGCAGCCUCCUCGUUUGUCUUACCUAUCUCUAUAACCAAAAACGUAGAUGUUUUGCAGCGUACUGAUCUGCACAGCCAAACCAAGAGAUCUGGAAGAGAAGAGAUGUUUCCAUGGAAAAAAACAAAGGGUGAAAUAUUAUGGUUCAGAGGACCUAGUGUGAUAGUAAAUGAACGAAUAAUAAAUUCAGGUGACCCACACCUAAGCCUGCCACUGAAUAGGUGGUUUACCACUAACAAGAAAAGAAAACUAGAAUACGAAGAAGUUGAAGAAACCAUGGAAGAUGUGACUGGAAAGGACAAAGAUGAUGAUGGCUUAGAACCGGAUGUUGAAAAUGAGAAAGAGUCCUUGCCAGGCCCAUUUGUCCUUGGAUUAAGACCCUCGGCUAAGUUCACGGCGCACAGACUCUCUAUGCUGCGGCCUCCUUCGUCGUCUUCAUGA